CUUUUUCCGGAUGGACCGUUCGGUAAGGCUUGAACAAGAAAGAUCAGUUGGAAUCGGGCGGUCAGUUUGCGUUGUUUCCACGCUAACAAAGCUUUUAUUCUUUCUUCGUAUUUUCCUUCCGUUUAACCAGGUGAACCGGAUGUGGCAGAUACAAUUUGCCCGUCGGAAGACAAUUGUCCCCAUUACCAUUACACCGAGGACGCUGAUGCAGUAGCUGCCGAAGAAACUCCGAUUCACAUUUUGAUUGCUUCCUUCCGAGACAAGUUGUGUGCGAGAACUCUUCACAACGCUUUCAAACACGCCAAAAAUCCCAAACGGUUGACCUUCAGGGUCAUCGAACAAACGAAAGCCGACAGCGAUCUCGAAGAUGAUCAGGGUUGCUGGGAUGGUUAUUGCGAAAAGUAUAACCCUAACUGCCAAGAAUACAAAGAUCAAGUCCGGAUCGUCCCCGUAGACGCUACCCAAAGCAUGGGUCCGACCUGGGCUCGUAGCAGACUAUCUGCCAUGGUAAGAAAAUACUUGUUAGAUAGUACCGAGCAUCACUAUCGAAGGCUCUGACUGUUGAUUGCCAAUUCGACUUCCAGAAGAGACGCAUUCGAGAACCGAGCUUAUCACUUCGUGCUUUUCGUUUAUGUCUUGCAGAUUCAUUGGGACUACGUUCAUCGAGACAAGUCCGACGAGCUUGACUUUCAGCCAGUCAACAUGCAAGAUUUUUGCAUGCAGACCGAUUCACACAUGGACUUUUCUGACAACUUUGAUGUCGACUUGAUCGAUAUGUUUCAUUUGACCAAAAAUGAUUACGCAGUAUUGAGUACAUACGUGACAGAUAUUGAAGAAAACAACAAAGAUCCCGUUAACGUACCCAACUUGUGCAUGGUCCAGUUCACCUCGUCAAUUCGAAAUUGGGCAACAAAGGAAUGCAACUAUUUGAAACGACCCAAGCUGACGAACGGUACGUAUUAGUCGCGUAUAUUCGCAUGCAUCGCUAGGAAAGUAUUGCGGUCAUUGUUCUCAUAAAAACGCCUUUUCUACUCGCGUUCUUGUAGCCAUGUGGGGAGCUGGACUGAGUUUCCAUCGAUGCCAUGCCGAACUAAAUGUGCCAGUUGACCCGUAUUUGGAUAAUGUGUUUGACGGAGAAGAAGGCAGCCGUGGCCUUCGAUUCUUUACGCACGGCUACGAUGUCUACUCACCCCAUCGAGUCCUCGUGACGCAUGAUUAUGUGGGUACUACCUCUAAGAACUUUUGUCGUUGCUUUGGUUGCCAAUAAAUAUGUGUCUCACUCGUUGAAAUUUUUUUUUCUUUCAAUUUGGAUAUUUUUGCACUUCAAAAAUCAAUUCACAUGUAAAACCUUGUCUUUCAGCACACCCAUCAAAGCAACCCUGUUGUUCACACAUGGGGACGUAAACGUUCACAAGGAGAUAUACAUGAAUCCAGUUGGAAAUGGCUGGAUUCGAUACAGGCUGUUCGCGACAGGUUGACGACUUUUGGUAGCCAAAGGGUGAAUAUGAUGUUGGGUUUUGGUAACCCUUAUCCAGAAUCUACAGAAGAAACCGAACUCAUCCGAAAAUCCCGAUUCGGAAUAGGCACAAAACGAACCUUGAAGCAGGCCGAGGAAUUUUCAGGGAUCAAUUUUAGAAAGAAGAAGAUGGACGUCAACCGGUGUGGAAAUCUGAUUUGGGUCCCGUACGAAGAAAGCCCAGAUUAUGGCCUUGCUGAGACCCUUAGUAGACCAAAUACAGACGAGGAGGUUGUACCCUUUGUAGUGACACCUGAUUCUCCGCCUUUUUUCAAAGAUGAAGUCAUUUCUAUGUCCGAAACCGUCCACAUUGCCGAAUCGGAUUACAGAUUUGUCGCGGGAGUCGUCCUGGUUGCCAUCGCUCUAGUGCUGAAGGUACGUACGCAGAAACGAAAGAAGGAUGACUCCCACAAAGAGUAAAUAGAGUCAGUGUCAAUCCUAGCGCUCGCAGAGGGUGGUGAGAAGAAUCUACUUUUUUAAUUUAUUGAAGGACCAUACAGCGUUCUGUGCUCGUUCAAGCGAUUAUCAAUCAAGCGUCUUGCAGAUU